CAGUGGCUCAGAGGCAUGAGGACGAGACGCAGAGGAUUACAGGAAGCUCUAUCCUCUCCUGUGGUUUCUCUCCUUUCUCACUGAGCGACGAAGACGAGGUGGAAGAGGAGGCAGAACCACUGAUGUCAGGCGGCCCCCUGAUUGGCUGGAGCGAUGUCCGUCACCGACACGGAGAAGCUGGAGGGAGGCCGGAGGUCGUCUGGGGUCACGACCCCGCCGGAGGGGGGCUGGGGCUGGAUGAUCGUCGCCGGCUGCUUCCUGUCCACCGUCUGCAUCCGGGCGGUGACCCGAUGUGUGUCCAUGUUCUUUGUGGAGUUCCAGCUCCACUUUGGAAAAGAUUACUCCAGAACAGCCUGGAUCCACAGUCUGAUCGACUGCACCACCAUGCUGUGUGCUCCUCUUGGGGGGGUCCUGGCCCACCGCUUCUCCUGCAGGACCACGGUGAUGCUCGGGGGCUUCAUCUCCUCCUUCGGACUCGUCCUCAGCUCUUUCGCCUCCAGCCUGGAGUUCCUGUACGCGUCUCUGGGCGUCAUCACAGGUCUGGGCUUUGCUCUCAGCUACACGCCGACCGUGGCGAUGGUCGGGACCUACUUCAGUGAGAGGAAGGCUCUGGCCUACGGCGUCGCCAUGUCAGGAAGUGGCAUCGGGACCUUCGUGCUGGCUCCGGCGGUGCAGCUGCUGAUCGAGCGUUACUCCUGGAGAGGAGCGCUGCUGGUCCUCGGGGGGCUGGUCUCCAACCUGUGCGUGUGCGGAGCCCUGAUGAGGAGGGCCCCCCCGCGGACGGCGGAGCACAACAUGAACGAGCCGGAUUUCGACCUCGCGACGCCACAGUCCAAAACCAGAGGGGGGGCGCUCGCCCUCCGCCAAGUGGCUCGGGGGUCGAGGGUCGCAGAAUGUGUCCUGUUUAGCAACAAGCUAACAGAGACCAUGCCGCGGGGGGCGGCGCGCUCCGACCCCGAACCCCCCCACCACGACUCGGGACAGAGGGACGCUGGGCCGGGGGACCCUGGAGCCCCCGCCUCCACGCGGCCCCCAUGGGAGGAGUACGGGUUCCUCCUGAUCCCCGACUUCCUGGUCCUGUCCGCCUCCUUCCUGUUCCUGGCCUACGGCUGCAGCGCCCCGGUGGUCUACCUGGUCCCCUUCGCCCUCGGCGUGGGCGUGGCCGACCAGCGGGCCGCCCUCCUCAUGUCCCUGUUCGGAGUCAGCGGCAUCGUGGGCAACGUCACCUUCGGCUGGAUCGCGGACAGGAAGUGUCUACGGAGGUAUCGCGUGAUGAGCUACGCGGCGGCCAUCGGCAUGGAGGGCCUGUGCUGCCUGCUCCUGCACCUCCUCCACUCCUUCUCCCUGCUCCUCCCCUUCUCCCUGUUCUACGGGUACUUUGACGGGGCGUACGUGGCGCUCAUCCCCGUGGUGACAUGCGACGCCGUGGGCUCCUCCUACCUGACCUCUGCACUGGGUGUGGUCUACUUCCUGCACGCCAUCCCGUACCUGAUCAGCCCGCCGAUAGGAGGCUGGUUGGUGGACAUCACGGGAAACUACGCUGCGACCUUCUCCCUCAGCGGGGCGUCCUUCAUGUUCAGCUCUGGGAUUCUCGCGGCCGCCAUGUUGGUCGGACACUUGCGGGGCGCCGCGGAGCCUCGCGCGAUGGCGCUGACCCAAUAAUCCGCCGUCAACAAGUCCGCCACAAAAUGGUGCUUUUUUAAAAUACGUGAUCGGCAUUGAGACCCUCGAACCUUCUCUUUGUGUAGAUGUUUGUAAACAAACCAGAGAGCUACGUGCUAACGUAGCAGCUACAGUGUUAGCGUAGCUUAGCACUAAUGGAUCCAAACCGUCUUCUAUGGAUGGACCUCACAAAGUAAUUCAGACUUCUUAUGAGUCGGCAUCAUUAUGUCGUCAGUACAGAGAGCAAAUAAUUCAUAUUUCAGCAUCAUUAAUGUUGGUGUUAACAUUAAGGAGCUUUUAUUUUGAAAAACUAGAGGAAAUUCAUGCUUUGAACAUUCAAGGUCUGCAAGUGUUCUCAUUGGUGAAAAGGAUCCUGGUUCUGAUUUCUGUGUUUGUGUCAAGUGGCCUUUAUUUAACAUUGUGAACAUCUGGAAUCUGAUCCUGAGAAUAUGAAGGUUCCUUAAAGCAGAAAGAAGUAUUAAGUAUUCAAAUGUUGCUCUUAUUUAAACACUUGUUGCUUUCUUUCACUAUAAAAACAAUGUAGUUAAGAAGUUGAAUGUUGAUGAGGUCAUAUUUGUUCUAGUAAAACGUAUGUUAAGCGUUUACUUCUACCUUGAAUUGUGUGGGGGGGUUUGUGUAUUAUUAUUAGCCAAUGAGAAGGCAACUUUUCGAUGAGGUCACAGGAGGGGGAGGAGCCGCGUUAUGAUUCCGACCAAAGUGCCAAAAAACUUAAGCUGAAUCUGUUUUAUUUCACCUAAAAAAAUCUCCACAUUUGCUUAUAUUUAGUUCACAUUGUGUGCAUCUUGUGUGUGUGUGUGGGGGGGGGGGCUCACACAAGUUUCCAUGGUGUGGGGGGGCGUGGGAGGCUGGGGGGGGUUUCCUUUGUGGCUGGCAUCCCCGAAACACAGAAAUACAAAACAGGAAGAGGACUUCCCCUACUUCCUGUGUGAUGACACACAAAUACACACACAAACACAUGUUUGAUCCUCUUUGCUGAUGUUUGUGUCUUUUGUUGUUGUUGUUUGUGUCUCUUUGUUGUUAAUUUCAAAUUAAAAUAAUUUUCAUGAUUGAACAACUACAAUGUGUGUGUGCGUGUGUGUGUGCGUGUGUGUGUGUGUGUGUGUGUUUGUGUGUGUGUUU